GAACGGGAAGCCUGUGUGCAAGUCAUGCGUUUCCUUCGGUCGCCUUCUCCAUCAUCCGUUGAARCAGUUUGAGAAAAAGUCUACUCCUUGUCUUGCGGUGAUUUAUCCUAGGUUUGCAGAUCUAAAGAAAAUAUCCUCUAAUCGUGCAUGASAGCARUCAUGGAGACCACAUAGUGCUUAUAGGACUAUAAUUAGGAGGUGUACGUGCAGGUUGCUGACUGCUGUCGAUGAGCAUUAGUAUAAAUACACAGAUUCAUAACAUUUGCUGCUGAAUUUGAAUAAUAUAAAGAUCAUGUGGAACAAUUUCCAAGAAUUCUCUACCUGGUUUUGGGCUGAAAGUAUUUGGCUUCCUGAGAUAACGACAUGGAAGCAUGUCCAGUCCAAAAAGCUASCUUCAACUGAGAGUCUAGGGGGUCUAUAUUUCUGUAUACCCAUGACAGUGUUUUUAAUGGUGCUUCGAUAUACAUUUGAAAGGUAUAUUGCUAGUCCUUUUGUUCAGUGGCUUGGAGUCAAAGUAAAAGCCCCUGCUAAAGUAACACCAAAUGCAACUUGUGAAAAACUGUUUAUAAAAUCAAAGAAGUUGAAYUAUGAGAAGACAGUAGAGUUGGCUGAGCACUUGGGAUGGUCAACCAGAGAAGUUCAAAGGUGGUUUAGAAUACGUCGAAUGAAAGAUCAACCUUCAAUUCUUACCAAAGCCACAGAGAAUAGUUGGAGGCUUUCUUUUUAUUUCUGUGCAACAGUGUAUGGGAGUUUUACUCUUGCAAAGUACGGCUGUCUGUUUGACCUUGACAAAUGCUUUGUGGAUUUCAACAACCAUGUUAUGCAUGUGGAUCUCUAUAUGUAUUACAUUGUGGAAAUUGGGAUGUAUAUUUCACUAUCUAUCACACAAUUUACUGACGUAAAGAGAAAGGAUUUUUUACAAAAUCUUGUUCAUCACCUGUUGACAUUGGCUCUCUUAACAUAUUCAUAUAGUAGUGGAUAUUUUCAUAUUGGUGCAAUAAUUGUCUAUGUUCAUGACAUCUCUGAUGUGUUUCUUGAGGCUGCUAAAAUACUACAUUAUGCCAAACUGCAAAAAAUCUGUGAUAUGUGUUUCGUGGUAUUUGCUAUUGUAUUUUACAUUUCAAGRCUCUACAUUUUACCAUUUUGGGUUUUAAAUGCCUGUAUAUUUCGACAUGAAGUUUUCAUUGGUAGUUUUCUUGUCUACAAAAUUAUGAUUGUCUUUCUUAUUUGUCUACAGAUAUUGCAUAUCUACUGGGCCUACUGUAUAGCAGUCAUUGUUUACAAGGCCUUGGCAGGAAAGGGUGUGACAGAUUCGCGGAGUGAAGGGGAGGAUGAAUCAGAAGCAGAGCCUGUCACAAACCAUAAAAUUCCCCAUGAAAAUAAGAAAAACCAUUGAUAAAAAAUGUUCUGUUAUAAUAAUGCUUCUAGAUUCUAGCCAUUAAACCUUUUUAUUUUUUUUUACAAAAUUAUUAUUACUGUGCAAUAAACAUUAUUAACUUGAAAAA